UGGAGCGCACCCUAACCUGCCAACAGGCAAUACACAAUUAAAAUUUAUUAUUUAUUACCGUGGUAAGCAGUUGCUCUGAGCCGGGUUGUGGGACGUGCGCGAUGCCGGGCAGUGUCAAUGCGUGCGUGAUGGAUAUUCCGGUUACUCUAUGGGUUUAUUGUCUGGGAAUUGUCUGAUUGCAUGUCACAAUGCCUUGUCCUUAACGAGCCGGUGGAGAGGGCACGAUCAGAGCCAACACCAGUCAAUGUACUGUUGUUCGGGGCCGGGGAAUGGCGAUGCGGUACAUCAGCUUUGAUCACUAAGCAGGGGUCUUAGAAUGGCAAUUGUUGGCAUUUAUCACAUUUUGACUGACGCUUUUGACAGCCGCUUUGAAGGUUCGCAUAGGCAGCCUCCUCCUCUGUUGCGAUAUAUUUAUGUGCACACUGAUAUAUCGGACAGUACAGCCACAGCUGAUGCCGAAUUGAUAUGACAGUUGGCCCAGCCUCCCUGCACCAAUCAUUGGGUGCCGAAAUACAUUUCCGUUCCGCCCCCUUCGCUUGUCAGCGCCUGUUCGCAAAUCCGUACGGUAUAUGCACAAUCCAUAAGUGUGCAUUCAUAACCGACUGACUGACUUGUAUCAUUUACACUUUAACUCCACACCGCGCAACGGAUAUUUUGUACACACCGAGAAUCUUGUACAUGAAAAAUCCAUAAUCUGACCUUUUGUUUUGCGCCGUGGAAGAUCGCUUUUGUCUUGCACACUUUGUAUUGUCAUCAUGAUUAGCCACACGGCGUCCACUUCCGCUAAUCAAUAUGUUAGACCGGAUUAUAUAUCGCCCCUACCAACACCUCUCGAUGCGCAAAAAAGUCCAUUAGCCAUGCUGGCUGCCACCUGCAACAGUAUCGGCGCACCGGACAUGUCGAAGAGCAUCAAAGCCGUCGAACUUCCGCCGUCAUCUAAAAAAUCCCCACCAAACUCCAGUGGCGGUAGUGAGAACAAGCGGCCCCGCCGUAGCCCGGACGCCGUUGAAAAAUCUGAGAAGAAAGUAAAAGAAUCUCGCGAUAAGUCCGACGAGCCACCGAAGGAGUCCAAACCCGACCGCGACACUACGACCAAAGACCGCAAAGACAAAGACAAAUCCUCCAAAGCCGACACCGUCGACACUGCCGACACCAAGCCGCCGCCCGAGCGCGAUGAUCGCAAAUCCAAGAGUCCAUCGGCCAAGCAGAGCCCCUCACCGGCUAAAUCCAGCAGUAAUUUACCACUAUCCGCCUCCAUCCCGGCACCCAUCCCGGGCUCGAGUUCACCGCUGAGUGAUCCACUGAACUUCGCCGCGGCGGCACGACUGAAAACGCCCGCCGGCCUGCCCAUGCCCGGCAUGCUGCCGUAUGCUUGCCGUGAUCCCUUCUGUUAUGGCUGUUCGCCGUCGAUGCACUGCGGAACUAAUCCCACUGUUCCCAUGGAUUAUAGCGCAUUAAGUUCAUAUUCAUCCCUCGCCAAUGGACUCCCAUCCAACAAGAAUCUCGUGUGUGGCUGGGUGACGCCCGGCAUGCCGGAGCGUUGCUGCGGAAAGCAGUUUCUGACCAGUGAAGAAUUAUUUGCUCAUCUCCGCACCCAUACGAAUCUCUCAGUCCCGAGUCUCACGGCGGCCAGCGGCGCUACCGAUCCCCUGCAGAGCGCCUACGCCUCCUAUGCCUCCUAUCUUAGCCGGUUCCCUUCCCUGGCGGGUCUGAACCCGACCGCCGCCGCGGCGGCAGCGGCUGCCGCUUCCCGCUACAAUCCUUAUAAGCCGACCGCCGUACCCGGCCUGGGCUCACCCUACUCCAGUCUGUGGCCUAACGCCGCCAACGGACCAACACCCGGCUUCUUCUCGCCUUCGCCGUACUCGUACUACCGGCCUCCGUUCUAAGGAGGUUCGGUAUCUGCCGGAAUUAUGGACUGGUGUGUAAAGGAAUUCACGCCUGGUUUUCUCGGGGUCACCAGAUGGACCGGAGGAAGUAUGACAGUUUCGUAGUGGAAAUGAGGCUUUUAUGGUUUGUGCCACAUUAAACGGCAUUGCUGUGUGUUUAUGUGGCUCACGGUAUGAGAUUUGUACAACCUACAAACUACUACUGUUAUACUAAAUUUACUGUUGUCUUGAAGACUGUGAAUGCCGAAUCAAAAAUUUACAUGUUGUUUUUUUGUUGCUGUUUGUUUUAUGGAACUUAUAGUUAUGUACAAAUGUUGUGGAAAAGGCUGCAGUUGAUAUCGAAUAAGAAAUGCAAUAUAGAACGAGAUAAACAGUUGAGA